UCAGACGCUUCUUUGAAUGAUUACAUCAACGCACUCUUCGAGACAUGAUAAGAUCCUCGAGUAGAGCUACCCGGUCAAUUUUGGCUUCAACUACAAACCUCAAACUAACCAGCAACCGCACAUUAACUCAACUUAAUUUAACCUCUGUAAACGUAAACAGAAGAAUGUCAGACUUCAGAACCGAAAGCGAUACUUUUGGGAAACUCGAAAUCCCGAACGAGAAAUAUUAUGGCGCUCAGACAAAACGGUCGACCAUGAAUUUUGACAUUGGUGGCGAGAGCGAACGAAUGCCGUUGCCUGUUAUCAAAGCGUUUGGUAUAUUGAAAAAAGCAGCAGCAUUAGCUAAUGUAAAGCAUGGCCUUGAUCAGAAAGUAGCAAACGCUAUUGCAGAAGCGGCCGAUGAAAUUGUAGAAGGAAAAUUGAACAGUCAUUUUCCGCUCGUAAUUUGGCAAACAGGUAGCGGAACUCAGAGUAAUAUGAAUGUUAAUGAGGUUAUUAGUAACCGAGCGAUAGAGAUUUUGGGCGGGAAACUUGGAAGCAAAGACCCCGUGCACCCUAACGAUCACGUCAACAAAAGUCAAAGUUCAAAUGACACUUUUCCGACAGCUAUGCAUGUUGCGGUUGCUAUGGAAACGACUUCAAAGCUAAUACCUGCCAUGGGAAAUUUAGCUGAAGCUUUGAAUAAUAAAUCGGAAGAAUUUAGUCAAAUUGUUAAAAUCGGAAGAACUCAUACUCAAGAUGCAGUUCCUUUAACUCUAGGCCAAGAAUUCAGCGCGUAUGUGCAACAACUGAAAAACGGCAUCGAACGUGUGAAAGGAUGUUUGCCAAGGGUUUAUGAACUAGCUAUUGGAGGCACAGCUGUUGGCACUGGUUUGAAUACCAAAAAGGGCUUCGCUGAAAGUGUCGCUGCCAACAUAAGCGAUAUUACUGGACUCCCAUUUACAAACGCGCCAAACAAGUUCGAAGCUCUAGCUGCUCAUGAUGCUAUGGUUGAAAUAUCAGGAGCUCUGAAUGUUAUUGCAGUUAGUUUAAUGAAGAUUGCGAACGAUAUUAGAUUGUUAGGAUCCGGACCCAGAUGUGGUUUGGGAGAGCUGAUUUUACCAGAAAAUGAACCAGGAAGUAGCAUCAUGCCUGGAAAAGUUAACCCUACACAAUGUGAAGCUAUAACAAUGGUAGCCGCGCAAGUUAUGGGCAACCACGUAGCGGUUACAAUCGGAGGUAGCAACGGCCAUUUUGAGCUUAAUGUGUUCAAACCGAUGAUAGUAGCGAAUGUUCUGCGAUCGAUUAGACUUAUUUCUGAUUCGUGCGAGUCAUUCCGGAAGAACUGCGUUGUCGGAAUUCUGGCGAAUAGCGUUCAGAUCGAGAAACUGUUGCAUGAGUCGUUAAUGUUAGUGACGGCUUUAAAUCCGCAUAUUGGCUAUGACAAUGCGGCUAAAAUUGCAAAGACGGCUCACAAAGAAGGAACUACACUUAAAGAGGCGGCCCUUAAAUUGGGAUUACUGACUGAGCAGCAAUUUAAUGAUUGGGUUAAGCCAGAAAAUAUGUUGGGGCCAUCUGAUUAAGGUGGAUGCAAUUACAGAUGAAAUAGGGGUUGAGAAGGUCUGUUUGAUGAGAAACUUAUAAAAAUUGUAUAUUUGAUGCAUUUGUGCAUUAUAUCAGUUAAACGCGAAACUUGAUGACCUUGAUUACUAAUAAAGAUUGUCUAAUUCUGA